UCUCUUAUUCAACAUGGACUACCAUCUAGUGUCGGUGCCAGCAUCAGGCAACAGACAAAAUACCUUCCAGAAUCUCAAAGGAAAAUUGGCUGAAUUUGCAAACACUUAUUCGUUCAGCAUUCCAGAGUUCAAAAUUGGUACACUUGACGCCCUUGUUCUUCUGUCUGAUGAAUUGGUGAAAUACGACAUUACUUUUGAGCAGUCUGUGAACAAGAUUGUCGACCUUAUGCGUACCCUGUUGAAGGACCAGCAAAACGAAUUAGCUAGCUGUCUCAAGGUUAAUGACAAGGAUGUUGAUGCCUAUGUUAAGAGUUUCCAGUGGAAUACAAUGAAGUAUCGAACUGACAAGUCUUUGCAAGAAACCACAGAGUUAUUGCAUCAGGAUAUGGUGUCUGCUGACAAUGUCCUGAAGAAUAAGAUGAAUAGCUAUACCCAAACGAAAAGCGCUUUGCAGGCUUUACAACGCAAGGAGACCGGAAACCUUUCCGUAAAGAAUCUCAAUGGCAUAGUUAAGAAAGAACACUGUGUGCUCAACUCGGAUUAUCUCACUACACUUGUUGUAGCAGUACCAAAGUCUCUUGUGAAGCGUUGGUACAGCACAUAUGAAACGUUGACUCAAAUGAUUGUUCCCCGAUCCUCAGUUAAAGUUGCUGAGGAUGACGAAUAUGCAUUAUUCACCGUUACCCUAUUCCAACGUGUUGCUGAAGAAUUCACUCAUAAAGCAAGAGAGGAGAGAUUCAUUGUCAGGGAUUUCCAAUAUGACGAAAACGCUAUGGAAAAGCAAAAGAAGGAAGCAGAGGAGACGAUUACCUCAGAGCGAGAGCAGCAACAAAUCAUCAUCCGACUUGCAAAGACCAAUUUCAGUGAAGUGUUCUCAUCAUGGGUUCAUCUUAAAGCGCUUCGAAUCUUUGUCGAAUCUGUACUGCGCUAUGGAUUGCCUCCGGAUUUCACAUCUGUCGUUAUUGAGCCCAAGCCAAAGUGCCAAAGUAAGGUUGAGGAUUCUUUGAUGGCCCAGUACGGUCAUCUAGGUGGUGUCUAUGGCCAGCGAAGCAAGAAGAACGAGGCCAGAGAUGAGCAUCUCGACCACGAGUUCCAAAACGUCAACGAUAGCAGCUACAAACCAUGGGUGCAGUUUGACUUACAUUUUGAUCCGUUCCGCAAGUAGACAAGUGAACUUUUUCGCUUUUAUAUAAAACAUAACAAAUUCGCCCAAUGUAUAUUUUCACGGCCAACAAAAGAGGAUGUGAAUGCUCUUAUUUUUCCUUUCUUAUACGUCAAGGCAUUGAGC